CAUCACAACACAAGCACAGGUGACGAGGAACAAGACGAGAGACAACUUCCCAAAUAAAUGUGUAAUAUUAUCCUCCAGAGACUUGAAGACCGCCGAGUAUAUGACACAAGACACACGCCAUAAUACAACUACCAUUAACAGACAGCGUGGAGAAGCCUCAUAGAUCACGAGAGGACCGUACAGGCGGGCGGCUUCGACAACAUCCCCCCCCCUUCUUUCCCCCCCCCCCCCCCCACCUACCGGAUAAACAAUGACCACUACGGCAUUCUCCCACGAGCCGGGCACAGCUAUGGAGUGUCUGAGUAUACCAAUCACACUCGAGAAAGAGGCGGGACUUGACGAACACGGCAGACAGGUCCUCAAAUGUGGUUUUAAAAUUGGUGGAGGAAUUGACCAGGAUUUUAUGAAGAGUCCUCAAGGCUACACAGACAAUGGUAUCUACUGUACUGAGGUCCACGACGGGAGCGCAGCGGCACGAGCCGGCCUGCGCGUACACGACAAGAUCCUACAGUGCAACGGCUACGACUUCACCAUGGUCACACACAAGAAGGCCGUCGACUACAUCAAGAAACAUCCCGUCCUAAACCUUCUGGUGGCCCGUAAAGGCGUCACGCACUCGUAAAUCACCCCCCACCCUCCCCGGAGACCCCCCCAUCGUGUGUUUAUCAUCACCAUAUAUUCGUUAUGUUAUUAAUCAAGAGAUCGGGUUUUUUUUUAUAUAUAUAAAUGACAGAAUAUUUAAGAGACCUCUGGUGGGAAUUACCGCCAGUUAAUUGUUGUUGUUGUGUAAAUUAAUAAAUUCUUCGUUUAUUGACAUUCCAAUUUGGUGUUAUUUAUGUAGUCGUCUUGAUGGUGAUCUUUCUGCUCUUCUGUGCCGUGAGCUGACGACAGUUUACAGAUACCCUGGGAGAGAUCACGAACAACAUAGUAAAUAUUAUGAUUAACCAAGAUUAGAAACUGUAUAAUAAUGCUUUAUUGAGUUAAUAUGGCUGCCAUGUUGAGUAAAUAUAGCUGCCAUGUUGAGUUAAUAUGGCCACCAUGCUGAGUUAAUAUGGCCACCAUGCUGAGUUAAUAUGGCCACCAUGCUGAGUUAAUAUGGCCACCAUGCUGAGUUAAUAUGGCCACCAUGCUGAGUUAAUAUGGCCACCAUGCUGAGUUAAUAUGGCCGCCAUGAUAACAGCAUAAUCCACUUGAGACUAAAUAUGGCCAUAAACACUACAGCCACUAAACAUUGAGGCCGGGCCAUUCCCAAACAGUCCUGGCUCUUCCACCUGGCCAUGUGUGAUAUUUUCCUUUGAUUCGUAGUAAAGAUAAAUUGUUGGCAGCUUAAUUUUUUUUUCUGUGCUUUUAUAAUGUUUGUGAGGGCCGUGUUGGUGGCCGUGUUGAGGGCCGUGUUGAGGGCUGUGUUGGUGGCCGUGUUGGUGGCCGUGUUGAGGGCCGUGUUGGUGGCCGCCUUAGUGUAUAUUGGGAGCACAUGAUGAUUAACCCCCCCUGGCUUAUUUCACCUUGAAACAAUGUAUCCUAACCUAACCUAACUUAACCUAAUCUAACAGUAACUUAACCUAUUAUAACCUGUUGCUAACUUAACCUAUCCUAACAGUAACUUAACCUAAUCUAACAGUAACUUAACCUAUCAUAACCUAUUGGUAACUUAACCUAUCCUAACGGUAACUUAACUUAACCUUUUGGUAACCUAACCUAAUUUAACCUAACCUUUUAAGAUAAUAUUAAUGCAUUUUGUUCCACAGGUGAAAUAAACAAGUGGGGUGUCUAAUCUUCACAUAAGCCAUCGACAUGUUAAGUUAAAUAGUUACGGCGUCCCCUAGCAAUGCAGUAUUAACUAAAGGGUCGUUGAGUAAUUACCCCCCGAUGUCCGUGUAUAUAAACCGGACACCGGGAAUGUAUAUAUAUAUAAAUGCCCAAAUAUGAUAGGAAUUAGAGGAAGAUAUACAUGGUUUGUUUAUUUGAUUGUGUGAUGUGUUUUUUUUAUAUCUCUGGGGACAUAUAGAGCGACAGGAAGCAUAUAAUUGUUUUUGUCUUUUAACGUUCUUCAGUUGUUGUUGGGAUGUAAUAAUAUAUAGGUUUAUUUGUCUCAUUGAUUCAUUUCACGAGUUUUUUUUUUUUUAUGUCCAUCGGCCAUUGUGACGGUUGUUAUUUGUGCUCUCGGAGACGUCUAAGAGCCAUGAUAUUGAAGCCAUUUACUGUACCUCUCGGAGACGUCUAAGAGCCAUGAUAUUGAAGCCAUUUACUGUACCUCUCAUCAUUAUGUCCUGGGUUCAUGUCCUGGCCCGAGACACACAUGAGUGGGGUGUUAGCCAGUAUGACCCUAACUAUCAAACUAUGGGUACAAUACUCAAGUUUCCUCUUGUUAUAACACUGGACAAAGCAUCAACGACCAGACUAACUGCUAGACCACAAUAAACUGAUUAAUAGUAAAUUACAAAAACAGCUUUCCACUUGUGUUUUAGAUUUUCAUGUUAACUUCUCAAACACCGAACAUUAUUAUGAAUUGUGUAUUACCCAUAAUGCCCUGAAGGUAAAUAUGUUUUAUACAUUAGUUUAUUGAUAUGAAUGACGGCGAUCGAGUCGUCAGUCGAAUAAUAUAUUUAAUGGCGGAUAUUCUGGCGUUGUUGAUGUCUGCGGAGAAGGUUGCUCGUGGUGCUUUUCUCGGCUUGGAGAGGAUGGUGUAUACUAGGGUCGGGGGCUUAUUAUCAUACGCCACAUCAUGUUGAAUCAUACGGCUUAACGUUGUAUGUUUAGGUUAAGAUUUUUCAUUCACGUUAUCAUACAUUGGGUCAUGUUAAAUGUUGAAUCAUACGGUUUUAUGUUGUAUGUUUAGGUUCAGACUUAUCAUACAGCUCAUGUUAAAUGUUGAAUCAUACGGCUUAAUGUUGUAUGUUUAGGUUAAGAUGUUAAAUCAUGUUAUCAUUCAGUGCAUCAUGUUGAAUGUUGUAUCAUGCAGCUUGUUCUCUGCAGCUCGCCUCAUUCUAUCAUUCUUGGUUUAGGUUAGGUUUAGGUUUAAUUUAUUCCCACCUGAAGAUUAAACGCACCAGGUUAAUCAUAUUUAACCUCAACUUAACCUAACCAUAAUCUAACCUAACCUAAUCACACAUUUCAGCCAUUCUGCUUGUCACAAAUUUCCAGUGUGUGAAUAAAUUGGGAACCUUUUCCUUGUUAA